AUGCGGUCGGGGAUUCAGAAACCCGGUGCAAUUCCGUUCUUCGCGCUCAUCCUCUUCUCGAUACUCAGCCUGGUGCCGUCUCUAGCUAAAGAGUGGGGGUUCUAUAAUCUGCAGAUCGGAUAUCGAGCUUAUAGUCGCAGUGAGGAUUGGCGUAUAUCUCCCCCGAGUAAAAGAUGGCGCGAUCGAAGUCCGACCGAGGGCAAGCUCGACCGGAGCUGUAUGCAAGCCGUGGCUUGCUGGGGCUCCUUUCAAUCCUGUCCCGAUCGCAAAGGACGUCCGCGACGGGGUGCAUUGGAUGCGCCAUCUCUCAGCGCAUUCGAGGCGGCCUCUGUCUUCGACAGCGAACCCCUUACACAAACGGCGACCCGGUCGUCGAGUCUCACGAGAGGCGUGCACGCUUUCAAAACAUUCUUCAUCAAACAAUUCGACGAAUACCAGAUCUUACAACCAUUCUCACCUGGGAGCGCGCCGUCCGUGCCGACAUCCACUUCACGUCCCGUUACACCAGUUAAUUCGUCCGCCGCGCCAGCCUCCUUCCUCAGCGAGGAGCCCCAACGCUGGUCUCGUAUCAUCAAUCAGACAACAUCAACCUCGAAGCACAUUCUGGAAAGUUCUCGGAUACGAUUCCUCUCGGGUUGUCACGACGCAUGGCAGCAGGCCUGUCUUGUGGCUACGGGUUUCCUGAAAAGCUUUCCGUCGACGUUAGGUACUCAGCCCCUUUCCUCCAAUUCCACGGAGUCGAGAUUUCCGCUGCAAUUGCCUGGCCAGGAGCCGGUGCGGAAGUCGGUCCCGGAACCCCUUCCUGCGGAUGCACUCGCUGCGCCAACAAAACCGAUCACUCAAGCUGCCCCGGCUGCGGGUCAGUCCGAGAUAGCAGCGGUCGACGACAGCCCUAAGAAAAUGCGCGGUAGCUGUAUGGCUAUUGUGAUAGGCCUGGUUGUCGGGGUAAUGUGGUUCUAG